AUGGCUGGCCAGGUGCCGGGCGCAGGGCCUGGGGCCCUGGACCUGCUUCGGGCUCUGCCUCGUGUAAGCCUGGCUAACUUGAGGCCAAACACGGGCUCCAGGAAACCGGAAAGACGACGAAGAGGUCAGAGAAGAGGUAGGAAGUGUGGCAGGGGCCACAAGGGAGAACGUCAGAGAGGAACCCGGCCCCGGCUGGGCUUUGAAGGAGGCCAGACUCCAUUUUACCUUCGAAUCCCAAAAUACGGGUUUAAUGGACACAGCUUCAGACGCCAGUAUCAGCCUUUGAGUCUCAACAGGCUUCAGUACCUGAUUGACUUGGGCCGUGUUGAUCCCACACAACCUACUGACUUAACCCAGCUGGUCAAUGGGUGAGGUGUUACCAUCCAGCCAUCUAAAAGGGACUAUGGAGUCCAGCUGGUAGAGGAGGGCGCUGACACCUUUAAGGCAAAAGUUAACAUCGAAGUUCAGCUAGCUUCUGAGCUGGCCAUCGCCGCCAUCGAGAGGAAUGGGGGUGUCGUCACGACCGCCUUCUACGACACGCGAAGCCUGGAAAUUCUGCGCAAACCCAUCCCAUUCUUUCUCCGCGGGCAACCCAUUCCCAAGCGGAUGCUCCCCCUCGAGGCACUAGUGCCCUACUACACUGAGGCGAGAAACCGAGGCUACCUGGCGGAUCCCGCCGGAUUUCCCGAAGCAAGACUGGAGCUCGCCAAGAAGUACGGCUGUAUUUUACCCGACAUCAAGAAAGAUGAACCCUUCAAAAUGCUCAGUACUCGGAAGGAUCCACAGCAGAUUUUCUUGGGUCUGGCUCCAGGAUGGGUGGUGAACAUGGCAGACAAGAGGAUUCUGAAACCUACGCAUGCGAAGCUGCUUGAGUACUACCGCUCCUGAGCUCCGUCCAGGGGAGUC